AUCCCAUGGCCGUCUCUAGGUGAUUUAGCGCCGCCAGUCUCAAGCAGGUAUCCAACAUGGCGAUCACGGGGAGCGGAUCUCUCGCUAUUUCUUUCUCUGUUUUCAUGAUUUUAGCGGCGUUUCUUCACAAAGGAGCUGCUGAAACCGUGACAGUUGACAGCCAGAACCUGGCGACUGACAACGUGUCGGUGAUCGAGGGAGAGACGGCCACCAUUAGCUGCCGAGUGAGAAACAACGACGACUCCGUCAUCCAGCUGCUGAACCCGAACCGACAGACCAUCUACUUCAGAGAUCUGAGACCUCUCAAGGACAGCCGGUUCCAGCUGGUGAAUUUCUCUGACAACGAACUCCGGGUGUCUCUGUCCAACGUAUCGCUCUCCGACGAGGGACGCUACGUGUGCCAGCUCUACACAGAUCCUCCUCAGGAAGCCUACGCAGACAUCACCGUCCUGGUCCCGCCAGGCAGCCCAAUCAUCGAGAGCCGAGAGGACGUGGUCAGCGAGGGGAACGAGACGGAGCUCACCUGCAUAUCCAUUGGCAGCAAGCCGGCCGCCUCCAUCAGAUGGAUGAAGGGGGAGGACGACCUGACAGCUGAAGCAACAGUGGAGGAGACGUAUGACAGGAUGUUUACCGUCACCAGUCGGGUGAGGUUUUCUGUCACCAAGGAGGAUGAUGGAGUGCCGGUGGACUGCAUCGUUGACCAUCCAGCUGUAAAGGACCUUCUAGCUCAAAGACACUUGGAAGUGCUCUAUAAACCCGAGGUGAAGAUCGUGGUGACAUAUCCUGAUGGCUUAACAAGAGAGGGCGACAAUCUUGAUCUGACAUGCAUCGCUGAGGGGAAACCACACCCCCAUCAGAUCAACUGGCUCAGGGUGGACGAAGACGUGCCGCCGCACGCCGUGGUCACUGGCUCCGAUCUCUACAUCGAGAACCUGAACAAGUCGUACAACGGCACCUAUCGCUGUGUGGCGUUGAACGCCGUCGGCGAGGCCUACGACGACUACGUCCUCCAUGUGUACGAUGCUCCCACUACUAUCCCCACACCCACCACCAACCCAGUCAACACGCAAGACUCCAGAGCCGGCGAGGGCGCACCGCAGAAAAUCGACCACGCCGUCAUCGGUGGAGUGGUCGCCGUCGUGAUGUUUGCGAUCCUCUGCGCGCUCAUUGUGCUCGGCCGGUACUUUGCCAGACACAAAGGAACUUACUUCACGCAUGAAGCCAAGGGAGCGGACGAUGCGGCCGACGCCGACACGGCAAUCAUCAACGCAGAGGGGGGCCACAACAACACAGACGAGAAGAAGGAGUACUACAUCUAAACCAGACGGGCCUGAAGUGAUGGUUGGGGACGCGGUGGGAGCACUGCGUCCAGCGUUGAUUGGGUUGUAGGACGGCUUGGGUAAAAGAAGAAGGGGAGAGGAGGACGAGGAGGAGGGAAGUAGGAAUGACGUAGCCUCGUGGGAAGAGGAGGCGUCGAUUAGUCUCCUGUCCGACCCUUCCUUGGACUGCCGGGUCCUAUUCUGUACAGUAUAAUUAUUUUACAGACAAUUUUGUGCCUUGUUCUAUUUCUUUUGUCGGUUCGUUGGUUUCUAUUCACAUGCUUGUUGGAUUGGAUUCUUUCUCCAUGUGCUCUACUUGAUCCUUUGUUGCGUUUGGCUUUCAGAGGAGAUAGAAAGGGGUCUGGUGUUUGUCAGUGUGUGCUACAACUAGCUUUUAGCUCAUGUAACCAGAUAUAUGAGAGGCCAGCUCACUCACACUUUUGUUCACUUUUUUUUUCUCUUUCUCUCCAGUUGCUUAUUAAAUGAAACUCAGUAUUGACAUGUUUCUCCCCGCUGGGUCAAAGUCCUGUGGUGCCUCCCAAGUUCAUCACAUUUAGAUGCAGGUCUGAUUGGUUUUGACGAUUACCUGCACACACACACACGCACCCACACACACAUACAUGCAGCCCCCACCCCCUUCAAAUUUAGACUCACUGUUGAUUACUUAUAUAACCGUUUUGAGUACUCAUGUCUUUCUUUGAAUGUAUUUGGUAAAAGAGUAAGUACGAGUCACAUGUAUACAUAUGGGGUUUAAAAUCAAGUUGCGAGAUGCAACCAGUCCCUGAAAAGUUCCCAGAUCCAGACAGUAACGCAGAACUUUAUAUUGAACCACAUUCCUAAAAAGUCUUUAGCAGCUACCAUUUCUGAAAUGUCUUACUAUUUUCAUCAGAUUUAUUCGACAAACUCUCCAAUGUCAGUGGUACCUAAUUCCAUCCGUACCUGCAAUCGAUGCCAUGUUGUUUCUAUAAAGGGAUGCUUAUAUCUUUUUUUAUUUUCUUUUUUUGUCCCCAGGGUCAAUUAAGAUGAAGUAUUUGCCAAUACAGAGUUUUGAUCUAACACUUGCAUUUCUUUAAAGCCAGAUUUGAGUUGAACACUGCCUAUCUCUAGUAAAUUAAAGUUCAAAUACAUGCCACAUGUCACGUACAUCUAUCUGGAUGUACCACGAAAAAAGGGAAUAAAAACCUUUAUUUUUCGCCACAUCAGUGGAUUGGUCACCCAGAGCGGUAAAUUCAAUCGCUGUGCAAUUGUUUCUGCCUCGUCGCUGUCCCUAAGAAGCUUUUCCACUUGUAGCUUCCUGUUGGCGUUAGCAUGAGGAACAUUUGGGCGUUUCACAACCAUCUCAAGAAAUACUUGAACUGCCAACUUUGCGGGAUACAGCUGAACAAUUUUUGUUUUCCGCUAAAAGAUAGCUGUUGACUGCAAACCUUUCUUCACGACAUUCAAUCACUUGCCGGUCACCUCCUCUGAGGCAUUUGACGUAAAGCCUGUAUAGUAAGGCGAGAGCAUGAACAGCUGAGUGCAACUCUGACUUAAUGGUUAAAGACCAUAAUCGGAAUCCCAGACCAAUGCUUGGGAUCGGAUCGGCGGUGUCCCUCGAUUUUGAGGAAGUAAUCUAGUUUGUCAUACGACAUCAUGUGUUUUCAUCUGUUAAACUUUUCAUCUCCUACUUUAUGAGUCAAUUGUUGGUGUCGUGUUUUUGUCUGGUAUUGACAAAGAAAAAUGGAUGAAACAACAGAUAGUGAAAGGUUAAGAUUUCUGGAAAGACACUUUGAUGUAAGAGACUGACACUGUAAUAUUUAGUAGUAUCAAGGUGCAUAUACUGGACCUUAAAUAGUUUAGCUGAAUUAUUUUAAUUAGCUGUAACAAGUGGCUACCUAUUCAAGUAGCAAAUUAGGAUAUUUAUCGAAAUUAGCUAAGCAGAAAAGUCAGUAAAUCAGCUUGCUAAUUUAAGUACAUAGAUUCUAGCUAAUUUAGUUAAAAAGUCAAAGGAGCUGUUUAGCUAAAUUAGCUGCACAACCUGAAUACCUGAUUAGCUAACAAUAACGAAUAAUAAUAAAAAAUAAUAAUAGUAACCCAGUUUGGUAGUUUUCUAGAUUGUCUCUUUAGUUAAUUAAACUUAACUAGCUAAACUGAUUUAGCUAGUUAGCUCUGUUUGACCUAUUGAACAGAUUAGCUAUUUUAAUAAAAAAUAACAGCUAAUUUAGCCAUCAAAGUAGCUAACUAAAGUAAAUAGGCUGCUUAACUACCCAUCCACAUUGCCUAUAUACGCUACACGCUAACACCAGACUUGCUAUGCGAUCUGGUGAUGAGCACAACACCCUCUACCGCAGCAGAGCCUGCUGGCUAUCAGAAUAUGUGAACUAAAUUAGCUGUUUAGCUAACUCACCUACACUCUUAAACAACAUUUAUUUUGUUGGUUUAUAAAAUCCGACUUCACCUAAGUAUUAUGUCACGCUAAAACAGACAGCUAGCAGUUCUUUGCUAGCUUAAAAUAUCUCCCAUUUUCAUAUUUCCAUUCCAUGCCGACGAGUCUUUGUGCAAAAUCCAUAAACAAAGUUGGAAAGUCCCCUCGGCAAAAUGCCCCUCCUUAUCUGCUGGAAGAAAACAAAACUGAUGUCACUCUUUCAAUUAAAUAAAAACACAAAAACUACCCGCGUACGUUUAGCUUUGAAGUCCUUGCCGAGCCAUUUUUGUUUCUUAUGCUGUUGUUCUUGUUGGUUCCCGACUUGAAAGACCUUUCAGUCACUGCAAGUAUGAGUCCAUUAAAUUUUCCUCUGUGCAAAUACUUUAUCUUUGGGCUUUCUUUGAUAACGUCUAAGGCCAAAAGAUUUCACUUGGGGAAGCUCCUGUUUUAGUUUUUUUGUUUGUUUUUGUUUUGUUUUAUUUCCUGUCAUCUCGUAGCCUCAAACCGUGGCAGAGAAAUGGCAUAGUGCUACAAUUUAUCUCUCCUUUUCGCUAACCCCAAUCAAACAGUGUGAACUUUACACGUUCUACGCCUCUCCGACUCACAGCUAGAAGAGCAAAACUGGUUUGGCAAUUAGCAGGACACUUUCUUGUAUUGCCUGAAGAAGAAGAACAAGAAGAUGAGUAAGGGGGAAGAAAAAGACCAGAUAAAAACGAAUAACCACUGCCUUAAACGGACCUCUUGAUACGUAUGAUAAUAAAAUAAAUAAAGAAUAAAGUGAAGGACAUAUUGUAGUGCCUUCUUCUGAUCUCGAGGCAUAUGGUUAGAAUCAUACUCUUAGCUUGUACAUAUCCUGUAUCUGUCCUUUCUAACUUUCAGGCCAAUACUCAGCCAAGUUGUCUGUUAAUGCACUAUAAACUCAUCCUGGUUUUUGGAUCUAAAUGAUAAAUAAAUCAAAUUCAUUCAUUUUGAAAGUAAAAUAUGUUGAGAUCAUUUUUGGUGAUUUUUUUUUUUUUGUGUGUGUGCAGUGGGGCCAGUAUUUAUAAGAGCAAAAUUCAAUUUGGCCUUAAGUAUUUGGUCGCCUUUACUGCGUUUGCUAUUUAUUUGAAUAUUUCCUGGGUGAAGGCUGAGCCGCUUUCAGAGAGGAAUCCAGUGCUAAAGGCUAGAAAAUAAGCUAGAGUAAAAACAAAUUAAUAUAUCUCUCUCUUUUUGUUGCUGUUUCUAGAUUGUGGACUUGCGGUGUCAUGGAAACAGCUAUGCGCAUGACAAAUGUUAUUCUGGGCUUUGAUAUUUAUCUUAAAUGGUAACCGUCGCUUUUGAUGGAUUAACUUUGAGAAAGGCUGUGGUAGGGGGAGGGUGGUCAAUCAUUUUAAUACAAUUUUUUCAUUUAUGUUUAUUACAUAAUGUGUAGUUUUUUUUUUUCCUUCACUCUCUCAGGUUCAUGAGUGUUACUAUAGUUGUGUUAUUUUAUUUUUUAUUUUUUUUGCAUCUCAGGUAGAUUGCAAAUUUUAAGCCCCGAGUAUAUAUAUAUAGAUAUAUAUAUAUAUAUAUGCUGUAGUACCACAGGUAUCGGAAGACGUAACGAAAAUCACAAGAUGUACAUGUUCCUCUCAGUUGUACAUGUUUCUGUGUUUAAUAUGGUGCACUGUUACGGUAAAUGUUAAACAUUAUUUUGCAUAGGCCUAGUUCACAAAGAAAACUAGAUUUGUUAAGCAGCUGAAAACGAUGUACAGUCGGUGUUAACGAAAUCACGACGAUGUUCUCGACACUUCUUCCACCGUUGCGUUCUGCUCGCGCGAUGCGGGUCAGUUAGUAACCCUAGGAUAUUCUCACAGCCCUCAAGCAUCUGUUUGCGCCAUGCAUCGCUUUUCUUAUUUAGAAGAUGGUGUAUUUACUGUGACAUGAAGUUUUAUGAAUGAUCUGUAACCUCUUGGAUAUUUGGACGAAACUCCUGUUUUUAAAGCCUGGGGAGGGAGGAAGAGGAAGAGGAAGAGGAAGGGACGCGGGGAGAGAGGAGACCGGGUCGGGGAGGUGAUCGUUUUUAAACCCCUAGAUUGGUUGUUUAGGUUGUUGAAUCUUGAAUUAAAUUUUUUUUUUCUUUUUUUUGUUCCCAAGUGAUGUUUUGUUUUUUCGUUUUGUUUUGUUUUUUGGCGGGUUUUUUGUGUAGUGAAGAGGAUGUUUUUUUUGUUUUCAUUUGACCAUACAUAUUUUGUAUUGGUUCAUGCCAACAUUUUUACAAAAGAAAAAAAAAAUCUGAAGAGUACUUGUCUUAAU